UAGAACUUGGUGGGCACUCAGUCAGCGGAAUACCUGGUAAUUUUUAUUGUUUACGUUAGUUACAUGCAGUUGUGUUGCGACGGUUUUGCUGGAAAUAUGGUGUUCAGUAUUGUUUGUAGGUGUUGUUAGUGGUGUUAUUUUGUUUACAAAAGUAGCCACCUCACUGAUACUCCUUCGGAAGCAGAAGUCCGACCGUAAACAUAUUGACCCAAAAUGGCGGAGUACUUGGAGUUCGAGUGGAGGACCAACGUUAUAUCGAACAAUAUAGUCAAAGGCGUUCACCCCUUGUGCAACGAGCCGAAAGGCAGAACAGCCGCCAUAGCAGCCUUGAAGAACCUCAUCCACAGCUGCAACGACUACGAGCUGAGGACCAACCUCCCCCAAGACGACAAAACGUUACAGAAGUUCCUGUACGCGAGGAAACUAAACGUCACAGAAAGCUUCGAACUUUUAAAGAACUACUACUUUUACCGAAAAAGGAACCCGGACAUAUUCAAGAACCUCACCUUGGAAGCAGAAGACAUCUACAAGGCGCUGGAGAACGGCUUGCCAGGUGUCCUCAGUCAGAAAGACAGAAAAGGCAGAUGUGUGCUAAUGCUAACAGCCACUAACUGGGACUUCAGUUACCCCUUGUCUAGUAUAUACCGCGCAUUAUUAUAUAGUCUAGAAUACCUCACUAACGACAUACACAACCAAAAUAACGGUUUCGUUGUUAUAGUAGACUGGACUGAGUUUCCUUUUAGGCGAACCACAAAUUUAAAGCCCUCCGUGUUGAGGUUAAUGAUAGAGGGAUUGCAAGACUGUUUCCCGGCUAGGUUUAAGGGGAUUCACUUCAUAGAGCAGCCUUGGUAUGUAGAAGCAGCCCUUGCUAUAAUAAAGCCAACUUUAAAUGACAAAAUCAAAGAGAGGAUAUACGUUCAUGGGAAUAACUUGAGCACUUUGCACGAGCUUGUUCAUAAGGAUAUUUUACCUGCUGAAAUGGGAGGUGAACAACCUUCCUAUAAUCCUAGAUCGUUCUUGAAUACUUUGGAAGCCAAGCAAUAAAAAUAUUGUUUGUUAUUUUUGUACUUCUCUACGCUUUUUGUUAGAAUGUCUUAAAAUGAUUUAUUUUUCUGAUGUUUCUGGAAUUAAUUUAAUAUGUUCGUUUGUUUAUAUAUGAAGACUGCUAGUAAACUGAUAUUUUAAGAUUCAAAUUUAAAAUACUAACUUAUCAGGAACAGAGUUGAAAUUAAAAAAAAAUCUGUUUACGAAAUAUACAUAU